AAGUGGAGGCGUAUUCUCGUCAGGAAAAUAUUGCAGGCGAGCGUGGAGCCGGAAUUUGAAUCAUGUGGCGGCGGGGUUGCGGGCCAGCGAGCCGAGCGCCCGAGCCCGGAGCGUAGACGAAUUCUUUUGGAAAAUAAAAUUCCAAAUCGCCCAACCCCGCCAAAGCCCUAGCUAUCAACGGUCGCCAUUUCCCCUUCCCCUUUUGAGUUAUAGAUAGAUGAAAACCUUUUCAAUCGAGUCCUAUUUCUCUCUCUCACUCUCUCCUUCCGGAUCUCGAAUCUUCUGAUCAUUCCCUCUUUCUUCCUCCUUAGACGAAAAGGAACUGGAGGAUGACUUCCCUUCCUCCACCCUUCCUGGAAUCAGGAUACAGGCAUCACACCUACAGCAGGAAGCAAAAAUCUUUGGGCCUCUUGUGCUCCAAAUUCGUGAGCUUGUAUGAUCGGGAUGAUGUGGAGUCGGUGAGUCUGGAUGAUGCUGCGAGGCGGCUAGGUGUCGAGAGGCGGCGGAUCUAUGAUAUAGUCAAUGUCUUGGAGAGUGUGGGGGUUCUUGCGAGGAACGCCAAGAAUCGGUAUUCUUGGAUAGGGUUUUCCGGGAUCCCGAAGGCACUGUUUGAACUCAAGGAGGCAUUGAAGGAAAUGUCUGGCACUGAUAGCCCGUGUGUGAAAGUUUUGGAGGAUGAGGAAGAUGAUAGAUCAUCAGAUCAAAAUGGAGAUUUUGCUGACUACAAACUGAGCCCAGCUUCCAUGGAUGCUGCUUCAUCUUUGUGUAGUGCUGCUUGCAGGGCCAGAUCUGUUACUGACAAAAGAAGGGAGAAAUCACUGGGUCUUCUCACUCAGAAUUUUGUUAAGCUCUUUCUUACCACAGAUGCAGAAAUGGUCUCGCUUGACGAGGCUGCAAGGCUGCUGCUUGGCGAUGGCUGCGACUCAUCUCAAAUGAGAAAUAACAAUGCAGCUAAAGUCCGGCGUCUGUAUGACAUUGCUAAUGUGCUUUCUUCUAUAAAUCUCCUUGAGAAGACACAGCAAUUGGAUACGAGGAAGCCAGCACUCCGAUGGUUAGGAACCAAGGGGAAACCAAGGGCAGAUAAUGAUGUUGCAGUAGCUAUAACCCCAAGUACAAAGCAGAGGAGCAAGAGAGCUUUUGGGACUGACAUUACCAAUGCGGAUUAUAAGAGGAGCAAGUUGAAUCCCCCUGCUGAUAAGAAGCCCAGUAAAGCACGCUUGAGAACUGAUGAUUCGAAGGAAUGCAAUCUGAUGGGACAGACACAAUUACAGAACUCUAAGGGUGGAUAUGUUUUUGGGCCUUUCCAGCCAGAUGGAGUGUCGAAAGGAAGUGGUGAUGUUGAGGAGAAAGGUGGAAACAAACUUCAGGACUGGGAGAGCUUGGCCUCUUCUUUCAGACCUCAAUAUCACAACCAAGCGCUGAGUGAACUUUUUGGACAUUACAUGGAGGCAUGGAAGUUGUGGUACGUAGAAGUUGCUCAAGGUAGCAGGAAACUACAGCAGCCAUGCAAGUCGGUCAUUAACUAACUUCUGUAAAACAAUCAUGACCCCUGCUGUUAUGUCCAUGAUUUUAUAACCCAUUCCAUCUGUACAAGGAUUUUACUUUCAUGAGCACAAAUUGUGGGAGAUGCCUUUGGGUUUUAUUGUAUUCUCUCAAUACAGGAACCCGGAAGGCUGUCGCUUCAUCUUAUGUACAAGAGCUGUAUUGGUUGGUCUGCUUCUUGAUUAUGUCAGCCUGCUAUUGUGACUUCAUCAAACUUUUUAAUUCUUACAUUUGACUAGCUGCCAGAAUCUUUUGAGUUCUGGUGCCUAAAAAAAUAUUUAAAGGAUCGGAUAUAUACAUUUUGGAGAUAGUAUUGGUAAA